AGGAAGAAUUUUGUCUGAAUGUAGCCAAGCUGCCACCGUGCAUACUGUACAACAUUUAAUUUUCCUCUGAUUCAUCCAGUGUUCUUAUGGGUGUUUCUCGACAUAAGACAAAACUUGAGCAGACCAAACAAAGUUUACCAUAUCAUCCUGCAGGCAUAUCAUAUUAGAGUCCAAGCAAUCAGGCCAUGGAUUGUGGACAGCCAAAAGUUAAAACUAGACGAUCUUUUUAUUGAUUGAUGAUACCAAAAUCUUAAGACAGUAGGAUUUGAAGAAGAUGAAUGUCAAAAUUCUCUCCUCACAUAUUUAAAUCCACACCCUUCUAUCAUCUUUUCUUUGCGUUUAGCCUUCAAUGUGACGGAAAUGAUCUGUCAGUUCCAACUACCAGCACAACUGCAUCAUCAACCUUUCUCUCUGAACAUACUUGCAACAUCAAGGCACUAAAGUUUGCAGGGUUCGAAUGGCCUCCUCUACACCAAAACAGCUCCGGGAGUAUCUCCAAGAGCAACAGAAACCUUUUGUAUUAGAUGUUUACCUUUCGGAACGACAGAUCAUGUUGAACAAGAAGCAAAAGAGACCGUGCGGUAAUGAUUUGAACAGGAGAAGAAUUAUGCAGGCUAGGAAGAUCCUGAAGUUGUUGUUGCUCAAGUUCACUCGCAAUGGUCAAAACCAAUCGGUUUCAAGCUGCCAGAAAGCUCAGAAACAUGAACCUGUUUUGAAAACAGUUGGAAAGCCCCAGCAGAUUGGAGAAAUGAAGUGGCUUCCUAAAGUGAGCAGUUCAGUUGCAGAUCGUGAAUAUUUCAGAUGCAAUGUUAAAGAUCCCCCUUGUUAUGAAAAUCAUGCAUCUCUUCAUACAAAGACUCCUCAAGCGUUAACACAUAGCAGCGUGAAACAGAAGGUUUCUGCGGACAUAAAUCUUCAAUGGGAAUGCAAGGAAGAGAAUGAGCAACUCAGCCAAGUGUCAGUACAGAAGGAACUACCAUCAAUAAACAAGGGGUGUCACCUCCCAGCAAAACAAGAAGAAGAAGAUGCAUCAGCUUCAAGCACCGUUUUGAGCACAAACGUGGAGGAAGACUCUUUGCUCUCAGCUUUCUUGUGCGACGUGUUAAUUAAAUCAUUGAUUGAGAAGAAUAGUGUUGCUGGUUUCACAGAGUUACAGGAGAUCAUUGUGCCUGCUUUUUCUCAGCACCUGAAAAACAGAAGGGUCUUAUGGCAAAACAUGCAGCUACUUUUUGAUUGUGCAAACGAAGCCAUAGAAGUAUACAGGAGGAAGAACAGAAAAAAGCAGUAUGCUCAAGAAUUAAUAGGUCUGAAAGAGCUCGGAAAAAUCAUCUGCGACCAAAUUUGCUCAUGUGGAAAACAAAACGCAGACGAACAAAUAAAUAUUGACGUCACUAGCAUAGUAGAAGAUGGCUAUUAUUUGCAGCAGCUAAAUAGGAGGAUAGGGAUAGAGAUAGGAGAUGCAAUCUUGAAUGAAAUAAUUCAGGAAGUAAUCGAUUUAUCUUUUCAGUAAAGAAUCGUUGUAAUUACUUGGCGAAACAGAAACCAUCACAUAGCAACAGAACCUUCCGUCAAAAAUUACAAGGAAUCCAGCGUCAGCUAGUUCAACUGGCUAAGCUUAAGGAGUUCCCAUGGCAGCAUAAACUUUCAAUUUGUUUUCACUAACAUCAAUAAAAACUAAUGGAAAAGUGGUACAUAUUAUC